AUGAAUCACUCAGAAAUGAAAACUGGGUUAAUUGUCACUGCAAAGCAGACAUAUUAUCCAAUUGAAUUGUCCAAUGCUGAACUGCUAACUCAUUACGAAACCAUUCAGGAGUACCAUGACGAAAUCUCUCAAAACGUGUUGGUUCAAUCUUCUAAGACAAAACCAGAUAUAAAGUUAAUUGAUCAGCAACCGGAAAUGAAUCCCCAUCAAACUAGAGAUGCCAUAGUGACAUUUUUGUACCAGCUCUCGGUGAUGACUAGAGUUAGCAAUGGUAUUUUCUUUCAUGCAGUCAGGUUUUACGAUCGCUAUUGCUCUAAAAGAGUAGUAUUAAAAGACCAAGCCAAACUAGUUGUAGGCACUUGUCUCUGGUUAGCGGCCAAAACCUGGGGUGGAUGCAACCAUAUUAUAAACAAUGUCUCAGUCCCUACAGGUGGCAGAUUCUAUGGUCCUAAUCCAAGAGCACGUAUACCACGUCUUUCCGAACUGGUUCAUUAUUGCGGCGGGUCCGACUUAUUCGAUGAAUCGAUGUUCAUUCAAAUGGAAAGACAUAUUUUGGAUACUCUGAACUGGGACGUUUAUGAGCCCAUGAUCAAUGAUUACAUUUUAAAUGUUGACGAAAAUUGUUUGAUACAAUACGAACUUUAUAAAAACCAGCUACAAAAUGAUAGUAGCAACAGCAAAGAAUGGUCUAGCAAAAGAAAGUCACAAUCGUCUGAUGACAGUGACGCGACAGUAGAAGAACAUAUUAGCGGUUCACCACAAAGUGCUGGAUUAGAUGGUGAUACGACUGCCAUGGACGAAGAUGAAGAGCUUAAUUCCAAAAUCAAAUUGAUCAAUUUGAAAAGAUUUCUCAUUGAUCUGAGCUGUUGGCAAUACGAUUUACUUAAGUUCGAAUUGUACGAAAUUUGCAAUGGAAUGUUUUCUAUAAUUAACAAAAUCACUAACCAAGACCAAGGUCCUUUUCUUUCUAUGCCUAUCGGCAAUGAUAUAAACUCUAACACUCAAACGCAGGUAUUUAGUAUUCUUAUCAAUGGUAUAGUCAAUUCCCCCUCGUCUUUAGUUGAAGUCUAUAAGGAGCAAUAUGGUAUAAUACCUUUCAUAUUGCAAGUAAAGGACUAUAACUUGGAAUUACAGAAAAAACUGCAACUGGCCUCUACCAUAGACCUAACGAGGAAAAUUGCUGUCAAUUCCCGUUACUUUGACCAAAAUGCCUCUUCAUCAACCGUUUCUUCUCCAAGCACAUAUUCAUCAGGGGCCAACUAUACUCCAAUGAGAAAUUUCAGCGCACAAUCCGACAACAGUGUUUUUAGUACCACUAACAUCGACCAUUCAUCACCAAUCACACCCCACAUGUACACUUUUAAUCAAUUUAAAAAUGAAAGUGCUUGCGAUAGCGCCAUAAGUGUAAGUAGUCUACCCAGCCAAACUCAGAACGGCAACGUGCCAAUACCAAGUAAUUAUCAGAACAUGAUUUUAGACGAAAGGAACAAAGAGAAUCGAAUGCCCAACUCAUUGUCCGCCGAGAUACCGCAACGUGCAAAAUUCAUGACGACUGGUAUUUUCCAGAACGCAGAGGAACUCACUAAUAGAGCGUCUUCGAUAUCGCUAUCGAUAAGAAAUCAAAACAGUUCCCAAUUGUGA